GUAUUAUACAACGUAAUAUAUAAGCAGCACCUCUAAAGCAUAACUGGAGUCUAUCAAAUUUUUCCGGGGCUGAAAGAAGAUCGCUGCAGUCUGAGCUACAACAAUUUAGACAAACAUGACCAAUACCUUUCCAACAAUCCUGGCCAUUUCCGGGGUGACGUGUUUCUUUAUUGGAUCAGUCACAGCUUCGCCAAUCUUUAAACCUUCGUUGGAAAGUUUAAUCGAUCAGGCCACCGCAAAUUUCGUAGCUGGAAAACCGUUGACUGAAGAAUUAUUACAAAGAAAUUUUUCCAACAUAGGGAAAGAAAUAAGAGACGGGUUCAUUCCAUGGAACAAACAAGAUCCCACGCUUCACGAAGGUGACAUUAUGUUACGUGGGGACAAAAAUGCUAUCUUGGACAAUAGCUACCGUUGGCCCAACGCACGAAUUCCUUAUGAAAUCUCAGCUCAAUACACAACCGAACAGCGUACAGUCAUCGCAUUCGCUAUGAGCGCCUACCACGAUAAUACCUGCAUCCGUUUCGUUCCUCGGACCUGUGAAAGAAAUUAUUUAACCAUUUUGAAAACUGGAGGAGGUUGCUGGGCCAUGCUUGGCAUGGUAAACACUGGAGCUCAAAAAGUAAGUCUCGAUGAUGGUUGCAUCGCAAGUUGGGCACCAGGAGUAGUUAUGCACGAACUAAUGCACGCCGCUGGAUUCUACCAUGAACACACACGCCCAGAUCGUGACAACUACGUGACGAUCAAUUUUAACAAUAUUCUACCAGGAUAUGCCUUCAACUUCGACAAAAGAACAGACUCGACGACUCUUGGAUUUGAAUACGACUAUGGCUCUACGAUGCAUUAUCCGCGGGAUGCUUUUGCUGUUGACAAAAGUAUUUCAACCAUCAACGCAAUUUUUGGGAAUCCAGUUAUGGGACAACAAAAAGGAUUCAGUCCGCUGGACAUCCAAAAACUGAACGCACUAUAUUGCUCCGCAGCCAAUUAAACACUUGAAAGGACGAGCGUGAGAAUAAUUUACAUCGGUCUGUUUCACAUACGAGUACCGCUUUUCUUUUUACAAUUCCCUCUAGCAGUUAUGAUAUUUCUAUGGUGAUCUAAAGGCCAGUUCUCUCCACAGCUAAAAUAACAGCCUUUCAAAAACCUACUUGUACGGAAUCUUUUUUUGUUUGCCUGGUGAUUGAUUGUCUCACAUAUAGUUCAAUAAAGUUUGCUCAGCAUGAAAACA